AUGUCGUCGAUGGCAGGGCAGGUAGUAUGGCUCCUGCUGGUGCCAAUGAUUCUCGCGGUAGAGAUAGCAUUCUUCGUGGGCAUUAGUGUCCCGGUGGCGAAUGUGCUUACGCGGCUUCGUGCAAAUUACUUGCCGCACGCCGUGUCACUCGACCAUGUCAUGGAAGCAGGUCGUGAGCCCAGUCGACCAUCCCUGUGGGGCCUCCUUUUUGCGUGGCGGCACUAUGAGAAUCCAAAAAUCGGACCCAACAUACGUACAUUUAUUCCGAUGGCCCGGCGCGUCUAUCGACUCGAAGGCAUUCGUGGGCUGUACAAAGGCACGACGCUCACCCUUGUCCAGUUCCUGGUCAUGCUUGUGUUGAUCCUCCUCCUGAAUCAGCCAUCUGCUUAUCAUCCUAACGAAGUGCGCAUGAUCGCUGUUGAACGCCCGUUCCGCAGCCUGUGCACACUGAUUGUCUCGGUUCUCGUGCUGCUUCCCACCGAGGUGCUUCUGAGGCGGACGAUGGUCCAUCAUGCAGCCGUGUCGUGGCGCCACCCACGCACAGCACUGCGUCAAGUAUUGUCGCCCGCCGAGGUGCUGCAGCCAUGGCGCUUGUAUAUUGUCCCAGGCCUCGUACCUCUACAGCUCUUUCGGCACCUCACUGCAUCAUACAUGACUCACAUGGUGCGGUACUGGACUCUGCCCUUGCUCGAAGACUUUGUUCCUCAGGUAUCGCGCCAAAACAAGGAUACGUACGAGGGGCCGACGUCCGACACCUUCCGCGUCACUUUUUGGGGCCUGCUUCUCUUCGUGGGGUGGAGUCUGAGUGUGGCGGUGCUCUUGGUACCCAUCGACUGCAUUCUCGUGCGGCUUAUGACGCAGUAUGACCGCACAACAUCGAUUGAUGCUUCCACGGCGCCUGCGUCCCAUAACCACCAGGCCUCCUACGAACAGGAUGUGGAGGACGAAAUGAGAGCCACAACGACGGCGGAGCCCGUCACGUCGUUGCGGCCAUGCUAUGGACACGACCAGCCCACAUCGACAGAGUUUGGUGCAUCGGAAGUGCAGCCGUACACGGGUGCAUGGGACUGUGCCUGCAAAAUGUACGACGAAGAGGGCCAAGAGAGUUUAAUGCGGGGCGCCUUUUAUACGGUGGUGGGAUAUAUGCUCAUGGCCUUUACCUAA